ACAGCAGCUCCCUGUUGUCGUAUCUUUUUGGCUCAACCUAUGGCCGCUGAUUAGAGGAAGCCUGGCCACGUAUCAUGACCAAACGGUGAUGUGAAAGCGCAGACAUUUAAUUGUAGACGUUGGAUGCGCUGGGUUUUUCCUCAGCGGGCGACUGUACCGUUUAUCGGUUGCUUUUUUUCAGCCGCCCUCCUUCUCAGCUACAUUAACGUUAGCCUAGCAUACUAGCAGUCAGCGUCAUUAUGGUAUGCGUUUAAAUGAGAGAGCUCUUCCUCGUUGCGUUUACCAACAGUGGUAGUUCUGCUUUCAGUGUCUGACUAAGUGGAUGAUAAAUCCUCAGAGACAUCCCGUGAAAGGCUCACAAACGGUUAUGGAGCCGUCCGCGGCCACGGGCUUUGUGAACAUUGGCAGUCUAACCAGCACCUUGCCGGUGAUCCCUUACCAGAAGCUGACGGACCUGUACUACCUGAGCAGGGGGGGCUUCGGCACGGUGUUCAAGGCACAACACUCCGACUGGAGGACCACAGUGGCCAUCAAGUGUCUGAAACUCGACUCUCCUGUUGGAGAAAGAGAGAGGAACUGCCUGCUGAAGGAGGCAGAGGUGCUCCACAAAGCCAGGUUCAACUACAUCAUCCAGAUUUUUGGCGUCUGUAACGAGCCGGAGUUCUUCUGCAUAGUCACAGAGUUUAUGAGCAAUGGCUCUCUGGAUCUCUUGCUCCACGAGAAGGACAUGUACCCUGGGCUUGCCUGGCCUUUGCGACUGAGGAUUCUCUAUGAGAUUGCGCUGGGGGUUAACUUUCUUCACAACAUGAACCCACCCCUAUUACAUCAUGACUUAAAGACACAGAACAUACUACUGGAUGGUGAAUUUCAUGUGAAGAUUGCAGACUUUGGCCUCUCAAAGUGGCGGCAACUGUCAGUCAGUAAAGGUUCAGGGUCCAAGCCACAAGAGAUGGGGGGCACGGUGAUCUACAUGCCCCCUGAGAAGUACGAACCAUCCAAGGGCCGUCGGGCUGAUGUGAAACAUGACAUGUACAGUUAUGCCAUCAUCAUGUGGGAAGUGCUGUCCAGGCAGAUUCCAUUUGAAGAGGUAACCAACCCCAUGCAGAUCAUGUUCAGCGUGCUGCGUGGGAUGCGUCCCGACACAAGUCUGGACAGUCUGCCCGGUGACAUCCCCAGCAGGGAAACCCUCAUUAGUUUAAUGACCUCUGGCUGGACCAGUAACCCUGAUGAACGACCUUCCUUCCUCAAGUGUCUGAUUGAGCUGGAGCCCAUGGUGAGGAAGUUUGACGAAAUUGACUUUCUGGAGGCUGUGUUGGAAAUCAAGAGGUCAAAGACAUCAGGCUGUUGUGCAGCUCAGUCAGUGUGUCAGAAGAGGAGCGAGGAAGGAACCCUGAACAUGCUGAAGGACAGGCCCAGCCCCUGGCCAGAGAGCUCCACCUCAGGCUCAGGCUCUGGUUCCUCCCAGGACACAGACAUCUCUCUACCAGGUGUCCUCAACAGCAGCAAUGCUGCACCUUCUAAAGAGGAGCUUCCAUCGUCAUUCUUAGCUCAUGCUUUGGAGCCUCCUGAAUCUUUGAAGGACCAGUUCACGAUCAACAAUCUGAAUGGCUACCAGAGUGCCAGGCCACUGUCUGAUUUGAAUAUACCCAUUAAAACAGGCCUGCCCGACACAGAAUACGAGACUCGGCUGGAUAACCUCCCCCUCAAGCCGCAGCCUCAGCAACAAGCCGAUUACACUCCUCCCAUGUGGCACUCCCCUCCCACACGAGACCCAGUCGUCGAGUGGAUCGCGACACGGCGUGAGGAGAUUGUCGCUCAGAUGACAGAGGCCUGUCUGAACCAGAGCUUGGAUGCCCUGCUGGCCCGCUCCAUGUUGAUGCGGGAGGAUUACGAACUGGUGGUGAACCAGCCAACACGUACCGCCAAGGUCCGCCAGCUCCUGGACAACUGCCACAGACACAACGAAGACUUCUCUCGCGUUGUCGUCCGCAAGCUGCACGACAACAAGCAGAUGGGCCUGCAGCCUUACCCGGCGGAAAUCACCUCCCCAACCACAGCGCCCCUCCCGAGUGCACCUCCAUUGUCCAUGUCCUACAAUAUCUCCAGGAAUAUGUAGCAGCUGUCACAGCCAACCAACGGAAGCAAUCCAGAUUAUAGACUGUGCCAACUUUACACUACAUGUUGUCAUCAGUGUCAACUUGGUUCCUGCCAGCGUUUUGCUCAGCAAGGCUGGGGAGCAUCUGGUGGAACAGAAAAGAGUCAACAGGUACAAAACUGCACUUUUGGUUUUGAAGUUAAGUCAUCAGCUAGAGAUAAAAAUAUUUUAUUCUGUGUAAUCAGGAUCAAAAGAUCUUUACUGAAUCAGUGAUUUUUAUUUAACAAAGUUUUGGAUUUAAUUAAAUACUUUAUUUAUAGUUUCUUCAUUCUGAGUGGAUAUAUUGCAGGGUUCUCUCUUUAUGGAACGUUAUGCUUGUGUCUGCAAAACUCUGUUAUGGUGAUGUAAAGGCAAAAUGAUGUAGUCCAGUAUUUUUAAUGGAAGUAUGAGUGAGUCUGUGUAGCCUUACUUGCAGAAUACAAACCUCCUCAGUUCACUCAGGUGAUCUGAGUUAAGUGAAAGGAGUACAGUACAGUACAAUAUACUAUUAAACCUACAUCUAAAUUAAGUUACCUAUUACCUAUUAUUAUAUAUGUCUAUAUACCUAUUAUUAUUAUUAUAGCAAUCUUACCUAGCCAUGGGUUAAUAAUCCUUACCACCUGAGUGAGUAUGUGACCUCAUACAGCAACAGAGAGUGUCUGUCUUAGAACUGAAGCACACUGAAUGACCUGCAGUCAAGUGUUGUUGAAGGAAGUUUUCAGAGCUAUUGAGAGCAAUCUAACUAUGUGUUCUUGACCGUUGACAGCUUCAUGUCACUCAGCUGAAAUGUUGGAAUGAGCUAUGAUUUUUGUACACUGGUCAUGUGACUGGGCGGAAAAUCUUUGUCCCUGCCUGGGCUGUUUUUCUUCUCUCCAGAGGGAGGGACAUGGUGUAAAGAGGAAGCUCAGAUUGCAAUGUAACACCCAGAAUGAAAGGGGAUGUGUGCGUGUCUACACGUCUCUGUCUAGAUUAAAAGCGGACCAACAUGAUCUGCCCUCGAAUUUCAGACUCAUCUGGACACUUUAAGAGUUAUAAUUAAACCAUGGGGCAAAGAAAAAAAUGUUUGGUCAUACUGAGCUGCUCUGCGAAAGCAUGAGACAACAGCAACACGAGCGGAGAAGAUCAAAGCUGCUUUGCUUUUAGCAGAUCUUUAGUCAACCUUCUUCUUCUGCUCAGUUUACUACACUUGACUCAUUUUUUAUACUGUAGCUGUGCUUCCUAAUCUGUUAGUAGUAACAGUAACACCUGUUUAUUUAAUCAUUUUCUCUCUUUUCUCUGGCAAAUACAUAUAUAAACACAUAUAUAGUAUGGUAGCACCAGUUUUGUCAGACGCUGGUUUUGCUGAUACUUCAUUCAUCCAUACAGCAUAUAUGUUCUUUGUGCCAAAAUGCAAGAAACAAGUUUCUGUUUCGAUGACAGUUUUUACUUUCAGUCAUUAGGUUCGUGUGUGCGUGCGUGCGUGCAUGUGGUGGGUGUGUAAUAUGACUGCAGUCAGUGAUUUCACAAGUUUUGUUUUUGAUUAAUCAUAUGGUCUAUGCUGUUUUCCAGAGCUAAAAUAUUUGACAUUUUCAGAUAUACUGAUUUGUCCCAGCAUGAGUCCAGGAUCCAAACAUUCAAUUUAAUGUCACAGAAGUCUGAGAAAAACAGCUGAUAUUCACGUUAGAGAAAAACAGCAACGUUAGAGAAUUUUUGGUUUUUUGCUUAGAAAUAACUACUGAUUAAUCAGUUAUCAAAAUAGUUACACAUUCAUUUACUGUCAAUUGACAAAUGAAUGAGCCAACUAAUUGUCUCAACUUUAGUGUGUGUGUUUUUUUUAACCUUACUUUCUUCAUCACUGCCUCCACUUCCUCAAAUUGGUGCUCACAUUAGUAAUGUAGCGGUGCCGUUUACUGCCUGUACCAUCUAUAAAUUCACUGCAGUAUAAACUUUGUCCCCAUUUCUCAAAAUAAAUGCCCUCAUUCUUAUCAUUGUGUAGGUGCCCGUGUUUCCCAUCAUUAUGUCCAAAGUAAACUGCAGUUCAAUAAAAUAUGUACUAUGAAAAAUGCAGGAAUGAGCCACAGCAGUUCAUUCUGCAGUUCACACAAUGAUACGUCAUAUAAAUGUCAAAAGGAAGGUCAAGUAAGGUUGACCUGCUACCAUAAUGUUGGACUUGUAUUGCCUUGUAUUGAUAACUGUGCCUCAUGCUCUGCUUUUGUUCUCAACUAACUUAAAAUGCAAAAGCCUUUUACACACAUAUCAAGCAGAGUUGAGUAAAAGUAUUACAAAUUUAAUAGCCUAAGUAUGUUGUAACAUAUUUUGUACUGUAGAUGAUAGUUUCUUCUUUUUUAUAAAUACUUUUAUUAGUGAUUUCAAAAUGUCAUGCAUUGUUUUUGUUAAGUGACAGUUUGAUAUUCGUAGAGUUGCCUUAUGCAAAAUACUGGCCCAGUUUAGUGCCCAUCUCAUCAUCAUCAGUGUAUUUUAAUCAAACAGUAAUGUAACUCGUUACAUAAAGGUUGGUGUUUUUCAUUAAAGUGAGUUCUCUGUUUUUA